GAGGCGACAUUGCAAACAGGUGAUGCUUUCGUGCGGAGUAUGGAGGAAUCGUACUGAUUAUACAUUUUAGUUUGUAAAUUUUCUAGGCAUUGUCACGACUAUGAAAUGAAGAUAUUUAAAUUUCUGACUCUCAGAUAAAUAUAUUUGUAUAAUCGGAAUUAACUUAUUUUACUCUUUGUGUGUGAAGUCAAUUUUUGUGCAAAAUGUCUGCUGUUCGAAAAAGACGUCUGGACACAGCUGACGAUUCUGAGAAGGCUCGAGAGACUGAAAGUGAUCAGAAAGAAGAUUUUGAUUCAGAAGAUGAUAAAUCUCCAGAAGAAAAGUAUGUAGAGGAGAUGUCUAAAGUUAUUCCACAGGGCACAGACAAAACUCCAGAAGUUUUUGAUUCAGCUUUGAAAGGGCUUUCAGCAAGGUGGCGGAACUGGGUAAUUCGUGGAAUUUUUACAUGGCUCAUGAUAGGCCUCUUCUGCCUGCUGAUUUCUGCUGGUCCUCUGGCUCUCAUGGUGACAACCCUGGUUGUCCAAGUGAAAUGUUUUGAAGAAAUUAUCAACAUUGGUUAUGCUGUGUACCGAAUCCAUGGCCUACCAUGGUUUAGAUCUCUAUCCUGGUACUUUCUUGUCACCUCAAACUAUUUCUUUUAUGGGGAGAGUCUGGUCGACUAUUUUGGAGUCGUUAUUAACCGAACAGAUUACUUACGAGUCCUCAUCACAUAUCAUCGAUUCAUCUCGUUCUGCCUGUAUAUUGUCGGGUUUGUGUGGUUUGUACUCUCACUAGUCAAGAAGUAUUAUAUGAAGCAGUUUUCUCUCUUUGCUUGGACACAUGUGGCACUUCUUAUUGUUGUAACACAGAGUUACCUUAUCAUCCAAAAUAUCUUCGAGGGACUCAUCUGGUUUAUUGUUCCAGUCUCGAUGAUUGUUUGUAAUGAUGUGAUGGCAUAUGUAUUUGGGUUCUUCUUUGGAAGAACACCUCUCAUCCAACUCUCACCAAAGAAGACUUGGGAGGGAUUCAUUGGCGGUGGAAUUGCUACAGUUAUAUUUGGUUUGAUGAUGUCAUACAUCAUGUGCCAGUACCAGUACUUUGUGUGCCCAAUUGAAUAUAGUGAAACUCUGGGACGAAUGACAAUGGACUGUGAGCCUUCCUCAUUGUUCCGACCACAGGAGUACGUUCUGCCAGAGUCCUUGUCUGGAAUUCUGCGCUUGUUGGGAUUGAAGAAUACAUUGACACUGUAUCCAUUCCUUCUGCACUCUCUUUCCAUGUCAGUCUUCAGUUCCGUAAUUGGUCCAUUUGGUGGGUUCUUUGCUAGUGGUUUCAAGCGAGCAUUCAAAAUCAAGGAUUUUGGAGAUGUGAUUCCUGGUCAUGGUGGUAUCAUGGAUCGAUUUGACUGUCAGUAUCUGAUGGCAACAUUCGUCAAUGUGUAUAUCUCAAGCUUCAUCCACACCGCAUCACCACAGAAACUGUUACAGCAGGUUUAUAAUCUGAAACCAGAUCAGCAGUUGCAACUGUUCUACACUUUGAAAGAUGCCCUGGAGAAUCGUGGUAUCCUAAACCUUCAGUAACAUCAUACAGAGGUUUUAACAAGUUAAUUCAUGAAGUACUGGUGUUGAAUUGGCAGUGAGCAUGUUGGGGCAAACAGCAAAGAAGUUGCGACAUCAUCCAAACCCACCAACGUUGGAAGCUAAUGGUACAGGCCUUUGAUAUCAAAACAAAGGUGCAUGGCAUAGUCUACCAGGAAUGUGUACUAAUUUUGUUAAUUCUCACCUUCAGUUUAUAUUUGUAUCAAAGGUGGUAAUUUUAGAUGGGUCUUGAAAGGAGCCAGGAUAGCUCAGGUGGUACAGGAACUAAGACUGCAGGCUGAACAGUAAACAGCCAAGGAAUUGGAACUUAAUUCCCAGCAGAGAUGAGAGAUUUUUCUCUUCACUACAAUGUUCAAAUUGGCUCUGGGGCCCACCCAAUCUUAUAUCUGAUGGGUACUGAGGUCUCUUUCCCUGGAUGCAAGGCAUCCAAGGGCAUGAAGUGAACUACUCACCUUAAUCUAGUGCCAAGGUUAAGGAUGUGUGGAGUGCUGCCUUUGCUCCCCAUGUCUUCAUGUCUUUGUGUUUAAUGAAGUACGGGACAGUUUUACUUUGUACCCUGGCUAUGGAAAUAUGUUUAUUACAAUGAUGAUUACAGUACAGAUUGAGUAAUUAGUUUUUAGCAGUCAUAUAGAUUGAAAAAAUACUUGACAAUAGAUCAGAACAAUCCAGUAACCAUAUUUGUAUGCAUAAUCCAAAUCUGCCACAUUUUUAACAAGAAUAUGCAUAAUGUGCAUAUGUUAUUGUUCUAGUUUUUUCAAGUUAAUAUUGCUCUCUUAUGUAUUCAAAGGCUACUCCUGCAUCAGCAACUUAUGACAUACUGUUUUCACUUUACGUCAACUACCUUGACUGUAAUUCUUAUCUGAGAACUGUGUUCUUCAAGGGCACUUAGUAUGGUAUAUAGGCCACGCCAUA